UAGACUCUAGACUCUCACACGCACAGAGCCACAGCCGAAAGCAGCAACCAUUUCCGGAGAGAGUUAGAGUUACAGUAGAGUAGAAAGAGGUCUAGUCUUGUUUUCAAUGGGGGCGAGAAGCGUAAUGCUAAAGUACCUGAGAGUGCCGGUGGUUCAGGCUGUGCGGCCAAACCCAAGCUCCUCCGUCACCUCCCCUCUCCUCAACGCCAUUCGCGCCCGCUUCUACUCCGAAGAGGUCAGGGGGACCUUCCUCGACAAGUCCGAGGUCACCGAUCGGAUCAUCACCGUCGUCAAGAACUUCCAGAAAGUCGAUCCCUCCAAGGUUACUCCGGAUGCUCACUUCCAGAAGGAUCUUGGAUUAGAUAGUUUAGAUGCUGUUGAGAUUGUGAUGGCGCUUGAAGAGGAGUUUGGGUUUGAGAUCCCAGACAAUGAAGCAGACAAGAUCAACUCCAUUGGUCUUGCUGUUGACUUUAUUUCCUCUCACCCUCAGGCAAAGUAGGGUUGGCAUGAAGCUUCAUUUUAUUUGCUGCAAGGAAUAGCUGUAGAACUUAUGAGCUUCAUAUCUCUUUCCCACCUUUUUUCUUGUUAAUCCUACUUCCAAAAAAGGAGUUUUUUGGUAUGCUUAAACUUCAGUAUGCUGGCAUUUCCAGUUUAUGGAAAGUGUGUAAACAACUUCAUUGAUGUUUUGUUUAAAUAAAGUCAUUUAGUUUAUUGCUUGUCAAA